AUGAAACACGCACUCAGCAGUACAGUCUUCUUUGGGCUCAUGGGCACUGCCUGUCAAGCCUUGACGAUCACCUUUCCCGUCGCCACUGUCGGUGAGCCGGGUUGGUGGUCGAGGGGGGAUCACCUGAUCAGAUGGGAGGACUAUGACGCGAGCAAGACUUUGGACAUCUCGCUCACUUCCCCAAAUUCCACCACCAAGCAAACCAUCCUCAAUGACAUUCCGGCCGAUCAAGGAGUGGCAGUCUUCACCUCUCCCCACCACCUUGCCGACGGAGACUACAUCAUCUCCUUCAGCGUCAAGCCCAAUGGCGAGGAUGAAGCUUCCAACUUUUCCGUCUGGCACGGCAUCGAGCCGCCUCUGGAUGAGGACGUCAAGUGGAGUGUCUAUGGCCAAGCAGCCGAUGAUGACACCGGUGGAUGGGGUGAUGAUUCCGCUGCGUCCCCCGGGAUCAGUAAGGGUAUGAUCCCUUAUGUCCUUUCCUUUGCAGGAUUGGCUUUGGGCGUGCAUGCCUUCUUUUAG